AUGGCAGCGUUCGACUGCGACGCGGCCUUCAGCUCGAUCCGCACGAGUGCCAACUUUGAAGUCUAUCAGCCCUGCGCGUACCUGAAGACGCUCUGGGACAAGAAGGUGAACUCGACGCAGAUGCAACGAGAAGAUUGCACCAACCCCGACUGCCAACAGUUCAUCAAUUCCCACGAAAUUACGUUCGGUUUAUCCAACACGGUUUGUUCCAUCGUGGAUGUCGCGACGGGGAAGUCGGUGGAUAUGCGAGCCUUUGGUUCGAUGUGUGGAACCGUGCGGGCCACCGUGCGCCCCAUGGCCACGUCAGGUCAAGCUGUUCCAGCGACAUCGAGUUCACCCGUUGUUCCUGGUUCGACUGGCACUCCCACGUCCGUAGGAUCGUCCUCUUCCACCGUUGUAGUCGUCGUUAUUGUCGCAGGAGUCAUCGUCGUACUCUUGGUUGGCGCGAUGUUGUGGCGGCAUCACAAGCGCUCUAGUCAGACCAAGCUAGACACAGGCGGGUUUGUCAUGUUGGAGGAAGAGCCGAGCGCCGCCAACACUGCUGUUGAUCACGCUUGCAGCGCCAAACAGAUCAAAGCAUCCACCAUGGCAUCAUCGUCAUCGUCGACUGCACACAGUACAACGUUGUUAAGUGAAGCAGGAGUUGAGUUCGGACCGUUGGCCCUAUACCAAGUGCGUCGGAUGGACCUCAUCAUCGACGGUUCUCUCCAGCAUCGCGGGAGAACCUUUGACGUCCGCCGUGCCAACUACAUGGGCAGGGCUGUUGCGCUGAAGACGUGCCGCGACAUCCAGCACAUCCAUGCAUUUGUAAGCGAGAUGAAGCUGCUUUCCACCCUCGAUUGCCCAUACAUUGUCCAGUUUGUGGGUGUGUGGUGGGGCAAGUUUGCGGCCGACUUGACGCUUGUCACCGAGUACAUGGAUGGUGGCAACUUGCAAGAUGCGCUGCUCCGAGCAAGCAACCAGCAACUUCCACAGCAAAAACUGUCCUGGGGCACCAAGUUGUCGAUCGCUCUCGAUGUCGUCGACGCGCUGGUAUACUUGCAUUCACUCGAGACCAAAGUCCUCCAUCGGAACCUGUCGUCGCACCACGUUCUGCUCAAAUCCGGCGAUGCACACCAGCCUCUUGUCGCCAAACUCCAGGGAUUUUACCACGCCCGUGAAAUCCAGUUUGACGGGAUGACUGUCACCGCCGGCGUCGGCGCGCAGCUCUACACCGCUCCAGAGGUUCUCCAGGACGGCCACUACGACGAUAGCGCCGACCUCUUUAGCUACGGGGUGCUCUUGUCCGAGCUCUGCACCGAGAAACCCCCUUAUCACGACCUAUGCACCCCCAGCGGAAAGCCGCUGUCGGAGGCGGCGCUCCUGUCUGGCAUCAUGGCCGGGUCGUUGCAGCCUGCCUUUGCACUCGACUGCCCGCCCUGGUUUGUCCAACUUGGUCGUGACUGCAUGGCGGUGGACCCAGCCGUGCGGCCGUCUGCUGCCAAAGUUUCGUACAGACUAAACCAAUGGAUUGGUUAA